AUAAAUAAAUAAAUUAAAAAAAUCAAAAUAGAUCAUAAUCAACAUCACAAUGAAUAAUAACUAACACCACAAAAAGUCAUGACCAGGUCAUAACUAAACAUAAUAGUUCAUAACCAAAUAUCAGUGACAUGAUAAGUAGAGCAUAUGGUACAUACUCCAAAAUGAGGUAUGUAUUAUAGAAUUUCCCUAUAUAAAUUAAUAAUUAUAGUAGUAUGUUUAUCACCUAUGUGUAAACACUAUGUUAGUUAACGGUCCUAUCAUUCAUGUGUGGAGAGUUGAGAUGGUACUAUUACUCAUAUUUGGUACCAAAGCCUGUGUGGACAGAUGAAAUGAUAUGAUAAAAGAAUAUGAUCAUCAUUACAUUAAUUAUUGAUAAUUUUCUCAUGUGCGACAUUUGGCUUGGAAUCAACGAUCUACAUUUCUAAAUCAACAUCAAUUUAGUGCCCAUUCCUGACUUUCACUGUGCCAUCAUUAUUCUAAGAGUUAAAAGACGGCAGAGAAAGCAAGUCAAGAACAAUUUUUAAUCUCCCGGCAAUUGGAACCUAUGUUGUCAUGUUGGCCCAUUAAAAUCUAAAUAAAACAAUAAUAAUAAUUAUAUAGAGAUUAAUCAAUGUGUAUCAAUAAAUAUAUCAAUUCAUAGUAGUUGCUCAUUAUGUUAAUAUGAUGCUACUGACUAACAAAAGCAUUAGUGGAGUAAUUAAAAAAACAAUAAACAUUCUAUGGUUCAUAUAUUUGUAACUAUAUAUACAUGUGGUUCUUACUUUGGUAGCGUAAUUGAAUCAGCUCAUUUUUCAUCACUUCAUAUGUGUUUUAGACACCAAAUGGAACAAAUGGAUAUGUUGUUUAUGAGGCAACUAAAUACACCUCUCCUCUGUUUCAUUUUCUUGUUUUUUGCCAUGAUCUCUCUUGGAUCAUCAUCCAAGACUAGUUUACCCUUCACAAAUGGGACAGACCAUCAAGCCCUGCUUGCAAUCAAGGAUCUAAUAACAGUAGAUCCUUUCAGUACCUUAAGCUCAUGGAAUCAUUCCGUUCACUUUUGCAAUUGGCAAGGAGUCUCAUGCGGUCGUCGACAUCAACGUGUGACAAUCCUAAACAUAUCAUCUCUAACAUUGGUGGGUUCUCUAUCUCCUCAAAUUGGGAACCUCACCUUCCUUAGGACGAUUGAUCUCAGUAACAAUAGUUUUCAUGGAGAAAUCCCACCACAAAUUGGCAAGUUGUUUCAUCUGCAGCAUCUUCUGCUUUUGAAUAACUCUUUCCAAGGUGAAUUUCCUACCAAUUUGACUCAUUGUUCACACUUGAGAGUUAUCAGUAUGCGUGGUAACAAUCUAGGAGGUAAAAUUCCUUCUGAGCUGGGUUCCUUGUCCAAUCUUUGGCACUUGAAUCUUGGAGUCAAUCAUCUAACUGGAACUAUCCCAAUUUCAAUUGGGAAUCUUUCCAGUCUACGUGUGCUUUGUCUGGUGGACAAUAAUCUAGAGGGAACUAUUCCCACCGAACUUGGGCACCUUUCAAAGUUGGAGUUUCUUCAACUGGCGGUAAACAAUUUGUCCGGUACGGUUCCUCCAUCACUUUACAACAUCUCAUCAGUCUAUUACUUCUCUAUCACUGGCAACCAAUUGCAUGGAAUUCUCCCACCAGAUUUAGGCUUGACCCUUCCAAAUUUACAAGGAUUUUAUAUUGGAAACAAUCAGUUGUAUGGCCCUGUGCCGUUGUCAAUAGCCAAUGCUACGAGACUUGUACAAAUUAGUCUUAGUGGCAAUUUUUUUACCGGGCCCAUGCCAACGAACCUAGGUACCCUUGAUGCUCUAGAAGCAUUACUAGCUUAUAGCUACUCACUUGGAACAAAUGAAGGCAAUGAAAUAAUGAACUUCCUCACUUCUUUAUCCAAUUGUUCCAAUUUACAAACUCUGGAUCUGGGUGGAAAUGGUUUAAAAGGUUUGUUUCCCCAUGCCAUUGCAAAUCUCUCCACCAAGAUCACUUGGUUUGGUCUAGCAGAGAACUAUAUAUUUGGAAGCAUACCUCUGGGUAUUGGGAACCUUGUAAAUUUGCGGAAGCUCGAUUUAGGUAACAACAUGCUCACAGAUAGUAUUCCUGAUUCCAUUGGAAAACUGUCCAUGUUGGAAAGGUUGUUGCUUUGCCAAAAUAACAUUUCUGGACAUAUUCCAUCCUCUAUUGGAAACCUAACUCAACUUGGCAUGUUUUACCUCUGUGGUAAUAUGAUAGAAGGAAGCAUACCUAUGUCUUUCGGUAAUUGUACAAAUCUACAAGUAAUCCAUCUUGAAUACAAUUACCUCACUGGAGCAAUACCUCAACAAAUCUUUGAUCUUUCUUCUCUCAUUGCUCUCUUCUUGAAUCAAAACCACCUAACAGGACUACUACCACAAGAAGUAGGCAACUUGAAAAAUCUAGAGGAACUACAUGUCUCAAACAACAAACUGUUUGGAGAAAUACCAGUUGCUCUUGGUAGUUGUCAAGUUUUAGAAUAUCUCAUAAUGGGGAAUAACCUUUUCGAAGGUACAAUUCCCAAAUCUUUCGAACAACUUAAAGGUCUUCAAUUCCUAGAUGUUUCUCACAAUAACUUGUCUGGACAGAUUCCGAUGUUUCUAGGCAAGUUUCCGUUCUUUCAAUAUGUCAAUCUUUCUUACAAUAUGUUUCAAGGUGAAGUUCCAAACAGAGGAGUUUUCACAAACAUCAGUGCCUUCUCAAUUGCUGGAAAUAGUAAGCUUUGUGGAGGAAUUGAAGAAUUACAAUUACCUGCAUGUUUGGUGAAAGACUCAAAGGAAAGGAAACGAUCUUUAAACCAUAGAGCAAUAACUAUAGUAGUUACUCUCACUAUUGUUCUAUUAUUAUUUUUCCUUUUAGCUUUUCUUUGUCGAAUGAGAAGGUCCAGACAACAAUCAUGUCAAGCCCCGCCAUUGCAAAACCAUUAUCUACAACUCUCUUAUGGAGAACUUCUUCAAGCAACCAAUGGGUUCUCUCUGGACAACUUAAUUGGUGAUGGAGGAUAUGCUUCUGUUUAUAAAGGGAUUCUCAACUUUGGUGAACAAAUUAUUGCUGUGAAGGUACUCAACCUUCACAAACAUGGAGCGAGCAAGAGUUUCAUAACAGAAUGUGAAGCAUUGAAGAACAUUCGCCAUAGAAAUCUUGUCAAGAUAAUCACAUCUUGCUCAAGUAUUGAUUUUAAAGGCAAUGAUUUCAAGGCCUUGGUCUUUGAGUUCAUGGAAAAUGGGAGUUUAGAGAGAUGGUUACACCCAAGUCUUUCAGAGCAGCAAGAACCUAAGAACUUGAAUUUUGUUCAAAGGCUAAACAUUGCAAUUGAUGUGGCUUCUGCAUUGGAUUAUCUUCACCAUCAUUGUGAAAUGACUUUUAUUCAUUGUGAUUUAAAGCCAAGCAAUAUUCUUCUUGAUGGUGAUUUGUGUGCCCAUGUUAGCGAUUUUGGCUUGGCGAAGGUUUUUUCAGCAAUCACUGGUCUAUCCAAUCAUCAACAAUCAAGUUUAGUUGGGAUUAGAGGAACAGUUGGCUAUGUUGCCCCAGGUAAAAAAAAAAAAAUGCCUAAUUAGUAUACAUUAAUGUGUGUUUGAAAGGAUAAAGAAUGAGUACACACCUAAAAACCAACCAUGAAACCUUACAUUAUUAUUAUUAUAUUUAUUUAUUAAGGAGCCGAACAAAUCGAAUAAUGAGCUAGCAUAAAAUGAGUCAAAUCAGUGCACAGAAAUGGAUUAAGAAAUAUUAUCUAGUUUCAUUUUUAUUACUUUGAGGUGAACUAAAAACCAACUAUGAGAUUACAUAGAAAUUAAGCAUCAUUUUAGUGAUUCUAGACAUGACUUUCCUUGACUUUGCUUUUUUGUGUGUUCAGCUACACAACAAAUUAAAUCAAAUUGUCCUACCCCUAUCAUAUAUGAACAUAUAUACCAAACCUUGAGAUUAUUUUAUCUUUUGAAAUGUUGAAGAAGAUUUUUUUUUUUGUUAAUUACCAUACAAUUUACUAGUUCAACAAUUAUACCAAAAUUAAAAAUUUUG